AGCUCUCUGUCUCUAUAAGUGUGCAUAACCAUGAACAGGAUAACUCUCUUUGUCCUUUUACUUGCAACCAUUCAAGUGUACUCUAGCCCUGCAGCUUUAAAGAGGAGUUGGUUUGACCCUGAGCCUAGGCCUAAUGCUAAUAAUGAUCCUUUCAAAGAUAAUAAAUCAAAAGAUGAAUACCAUAUCAAGGAUCAUGGUGAUUAUCUUAAGAAGAACAAGAAAGAAGACAACAAGGAUGAUGAAUUUAAGAGUGACAUUGAUGACUAUAAAGCUUCACCAACAGCAGAAGAUGACAAACUUACAAGUGAAUUGGAUCAUGAUAGAUCUAAUAAAUUAUCAGAUAGACCAACAGUUAGGACAGGUUUGAAGAAACAUAACAAUGACAAAGGUGAUAAAUUUUCAAGUGAACUGGAUCGUGACAAUGCUGCACCAACAGUUACUACACCUUUGAAGAGACCUACUGAUAUUAUAGAGGGAGACAUCAGACUGACUCCAGAGCAGGCUGCAAUAUUCAAUCGUGGUGGAUGGAAGGAAUUAGUUAAUUCACAAGCAUGGUAUCGCAAUCCUGCACACAAUACUAAAUGGUCUAGAACAAUCGUGUACACAAUCAAUGGAUUGGCUGAAGAAGAAGAAGAAGCUUUGAAGACUUCAAUGAGACAGAUAGAAAGAUUCACAUGUCUACGAUUUCUUGAAAAGUAUAAUAUACAUCCUCCUUAUUACAUUGAAUUUGUUGAUGAUGGAGGUUGCUGGUCAUAUAUUGGUAGACUACCAGGAGCUUAUGCUAGACCUCAGAAAAUCUCAUUAUCAAGUGGUUGCAAUCUUGCUGUUCCUGCAGAAAUGAUAAUCCAUGCACUUGGAAGAUUUCAUGAACAAUCACGGCCUGACAGAGAUGAAUAUAUUGAGAUACUAACUGAAAACAUAGAAAGUGGCUUUGAAAAUAACUUUCUCAUUCAACCUGCUGCCGAAACUCUAUCCGUGCCAUAUGAUUAUCUUUCAGUGACACAUUUUGGCCCUAAAACAUUUAGUAAAGAUGGGAAUGACACAAUAAAAUCAAAAAAAGAAGGUUUUAAAGUCUAUGGUCAAGUAAACAGAAUGUCAUACUAUGAUAUACAGCAUAUCAAUAUUGAAUAUUGCCCAGAAAGAGUAAUGCGACUAGUUAAUGGAGGUGCACCACAUGAAGGAACAGUUGAAGUUUUCUGGAAUGGACAGUGGGGAACUAUAUGCGAUAUUCGGUUUGAUAAGUUGGAUGGUGAUGUCAUAUGCCGGUAUCUGGGUUUUCCUGGUCUUGCGGUGUCAGUACAUAAAAAAGCUCAUUUUGGGGAGGGAACUGGUCAAAUAGUAAUGAAUAUUUUAGACUGCCUUGGUAAUGAGGACAGCCCUUUUUCUUGUAAGAACACUCUUGGUGAUGAACGUUUUUGUGGGAAUUCUGAAGCUGCUGGUGUAGUAUGCCAAAAAAACAUUCGUCUAGUUGGAGGGGAAGUUAUUCCAGAUGAAUCAGCAAUUGGUCGCUUGGAAGUAUAUUUUAAUAGUACUUGGGGUACUGUCUGUAAUGAUGGUUUUAGCACAAAUGCAGCAGUUAUUGCUUGUAAGCAACUUGGAUAUGCUACAGCUAUGGAAUUCCAUCCAAAAUUCAUUGAUAACUUUGGCUAUUACAAUAGCACUUAUCCAAUAGUAAUGUAUAUGGUGAUUUGUGAUGGUUCUGAAACUAUGAUUCAGCACUGUUACAGUUUUCCUGCCCCUGAUGAUUAUUGUGAUCACACUAAAGAUGUUGCUAUUCAUUGCGUCAAUUUCAAUUAGCUCCAUAAUCGGUGAUUUUGCUUUCCAGACAAUCAGAACUUUCAAACUAUAUUACCUGAACAAGUAGUGAUAGACUAGUUCCAUUUUUAGAUAGUUAUACUAUAUGUUACCUUGCUUUAGUGAUUAGUCAUUCUUUGCUAUUAUUCAUUGUGUGUACUUUUAUUUUUAAUAAUACAAAGUCAAUCACCUUUUGAGGUACUUGUUUGCA